UGUAGCUGGCCUCGAUGCGGAAAGGAGUUUACGGUUGCCUCGCGCCUCACGACGCAUUAUCGAAUCCACUCAGGGAAACCACCAUAUCUCUGCGGUUACAAGGACUGUCAAAAGGCUUUCCAUACUUCGUCUUCAUUAUCUCACCAUCGCGUCGUACACACGGAUCAAAAUCUGCGGCCAUAUGUUUGUCGCCACAAUCGCUGUGGAGCAACCUAUACUCAGCUCGCAAGACUUAUCACUCACCAACGAACAACCCAU